GGGCGAAAGGAAAGAUGGGAGGAGAAACACAAGGUGGGGGUAGCAAAGAAGGAAAAGGAAGCUAAUUAAGUACUGGAAGGAUUGUUUAAAAAAGUACCUUUGAUCCUCAGAAGUGUCAGAUUGCAGAAAGCUGCUCUACCUGGAGCAGAAGGGAGAAUACCUUAAUGAGGUCUAAUCAUUUUAAGAGGGGAAUGGAAUGGCACUGCUGUACAUGCUGUACACAAUUGGAUCUGUCCUCUCCAAGAAUCCUGCUUUGGGUCUUCUGGCACUACAGUAACCUUUUCUGCUAAAGAAGCUGAUUAGGAUAAACUCUUUCAGAUCAUCCAUUCUAAAAAGCCUACUCUUUCUUUCUUUUUCUUUCCAAGGCCAUCAUAAUAAUGCUUGAUACUUUCUUUUGCUAAGGCAGAAUACUCAAGUGCAGAGCAGGUAAAUAUCCACAUAUCUAGGAGCAAAGAUACCGACUGAGCUAUUUGCCAUCCAUUUUUAUCAUUUGUGACCUUAGCAUGCCUGGGAAUCCCCUGGCUCAGAGCGCCAUGUGGUCAUAGCAUUUUUCAGUUUGCAAUCUUUAUCUUUCUAAGUGAAAGGACUAAAGCGGGUGUCCAUGUCCUUAAACAUUUUGCUUGAAAUAUUCAAACUAUUGGACAUGUUAUCUGGCCUUGAUUUAAGCAGAUAAGGAAGGACUAGAUCUAAGUAUUCAUACACACACCUAUCUCCAUGGCAGUAAAUCUGUAUGCCAGAUCAAACUCUUCUCUAAGGCUUAGUUCCCUCUCAGCAAUCCAGAUCCAUUUUAUCUGCCAAUGCAUGCCUGUGGAGGAAGUGCACUCUUAACUAAGUGUGCCAACAACCCCUAAAAAGCCUAAUUUAUUAGGAAACAAUCAAGAUAGAUGUAUCAGAAUUUCUAAUUCAACGUGCAUCAUCAAUAUCCUUUUAGUCUUCAGUGAAAAAAUGUUUCACAACACCACCAACUUCCCCGUAAUGUUCCUGAGGUUAAUAAAUGCAAAUAACUCGUCUCGUGUCUCGGCCAGUUACUGACGCACAACAGGACUAAGCCCUGAGUGCAUGUCAUUGAAUGUAAACAAAAACAUGACAGUCUUCCCAUCAAUUAAGCAUGUGGAUGAAUGCAACUCUCAUUGUCUCACACACUAUUUUCUACCAAUGGUGUUUCCUCUUCUCCCCUGCCCCCCAUUCUUCAACAUUCACUUAGCAAGAAAGAUUACUAGUUAAACAAAUUUGGACACAGAAGAGUAAUUUAGACUGUAAAGAAAUACUGUAUAUGAGCAAAGAGCCAAGAAAUAAGAAGCACUGAAAUGUACGAAAGAGAAAGGCAGCCAGUAUUAACCCCUUUGUUAGAAGGAUUCAUGUGUUGACUCUUCCAAUACAAAUGCCUUCUUAAGUAUUAGUGUCGUUUUAAGCUGUGCACAUAGCUGGUGCACUUCCUUGAUGCUCUGGUAAGGAAGGCGAUCACAAUUUUUUACCCUAGGAAGACUUAGGUACUGUCUAGCUCUAGUUCCAUGCAUCAGACUAUAAGUGACCAAGUUAUAUACUGAACAAUUCAUUCCAACAUCCGGGUUCAUUUUCCAGAGCAACAGCACCAGAAAGAAAGAAGCACACUAAAAGCAAAAACCAGAACAGACAGUAACAAAGAAACCCAACCUCAUCCCAAAGCAGAAAGCAAAUUUUCAUAUAAGCUACAGUGUUACAUGAAAUAUCUAUGUUUCAUACGUCAAAACAUAUCAAUUAUGACGGUCCCAUAUGCUUUAUGGGACUGUCUCCUGUGCACAAAAUAAUCAUAUUGGUUCAGAGCUGGAUGUUUGCUGACAGCAGAACAAGCAUAUCUGGGAAGGGUGCAGGUAAUGUCAUGGUUUGGGUGACGUCUACACUAGAAUGGCUUAAAUAAAAACCUGUUUUGAAACAUCUGUAGAAUAGGGUGGCAUGGAAUUAGCUAGCUUAACUCUUUAAGCAACAACAUCUAAACAUAAAAUCAUUCAUUCUGGACACGAAUCAUGAAUUUUUAAUUGAAAACUUACACUCAAGUAUUAUUGUUUUGAAUGAAUCUGAUUUCUCCAUACUGCAGUAGUUCUUUUUUGAAGCGCUUCUGCCCAGCUGGCUUCUCAGAUGGGUGUGUCAUUAUGUAAUCAUCCUCUGCUGUAAGACAACAGGAUUCAAGGUAUUAUGUCUCAGGACAUUGGAAAUCCCAGGCACUAUUGCAAUAUCCUUUUUUGAUGGGCGCAAAAUGUGCUCAGCACAGUUCUGUUUUCUUUCAGCUCAGAGCACACUCACAAGCUAUUUAAAAAAUGCUGCUAGGGUGUUUGUUUCAGUUUUUGCAGUAUCAGAUCGAUCUGCUUGGAAUCAGAUGGAAUAAAGGAAAGAAAUUGCCUUGGAUAUUUCCCUGUCCUCCUGGAACUGUACUGAGCUAUUAGGAAAAUGGUCCUGAUUGUCAAUAAGACAGAAACUUGGAUAAAAAUUAAGGCAUCUAAUGAUCAGAUUCCUCAAUCAAUGUGGAUCCUCUCCUGUUCAUAGCUUAAAAAUACAGAGUAUUUUAUCCACAUACCUCAGGCUGCUAUAAUGUGAAAAAUACACCUACUUAUGCUGGUGUGAGAGGCUGGUGCGUCAAGCAUAUAUCAGAAUAUGAGUACAAAUGCAUCUCUGUACCUAUUUCUUGGUUUUAAAGUAGAUAUUCCAUACAAUUUGGGGCUUGAUACUGCUUUUAGUUUCUUACUGCCUAUCAGGACUCAGCAACAAACCUGUACAACCUAUUUACGAGGUCCUAACAGCAGCCUAAUUUGCUGAGAGCUGCAUGGAGCAGUUCUGGAGACUUCCUCAUCACAAACCUGUUUCUGGCAUUCGUUUGUAAAAAAAAGAGUCCAGAGACAAGAGAAACCCAAGUAAGUUUCUGGAUGAGUGCCAUUAGAAGAUGUGACCCUGAGGGAUGUGGUUAUGGGCAUGGUGGGGAUGGGUUGACGAUGGGGUUUGGUGAUCUUAGUGGUCUUUUCUCACCUUAAUGAUUCUGUGAUUCUAUGACUGUACUCAAACUUCUUAAGUCUGAACGCCUUACUGCUUCCUGAAAAUAAAUUACCAGCCCAGAAGAGUGGUGAGGUGGAAUUGCAAUCCAAAACUGUAAUCCUGAAAGCCUCAUGCUUGAUUGUUGCCUAACCCUAAUGUGUUUAAUCACUGCAGGCUUUCAUUUAGAUAGGAGAAGUCAGGAAUCUAGGAGACCCAAGGAUCCUUGGUGUUGGCGAUAAGAGUGGUUUGAUAAAAAUCAGUGUGUCAUCAGAAAACAGCAUCACUUUGGCUGCAGAAGCAGGUGCCCUGGGAGCAUAGUGAAGGAAUGCAGGUGUUUCUGCUGCCUUGUGGAGUAGGGAGUUGCCUUCAUGCCCAUUUAACCCAGCUGGGGUUCUGGCCCUCUUACUAGGCUUCUGGGGCUGGAUGCUGCUGGAGGGAGGGCUGUUGGUCUGAGAGGAUGGGCUGGAGGUGUGGAUGCUCAGAGAAAGCUGAGCCAGAGGGAAAGAGCCUCUGGGCUGGAAAGGUCUGGUUGUGGGAGGGAAGAAAGCCAAGGGAGUGGCAAGGUUUGUGGCAACUGGGGUGUGUGUUGUGGGUAUUAAUAUGGCUGAUGGAGUUCCUGGUUAAAGGACUUUCCAACCAAUUAUGGAUUAUUUGGGAGAGGGUGCCUGCUUUCUUCUUUGCUUGAGGGGAAUCUGAAUGCACUCACUGGGUUUAUAGAGAAGGAGAUGUCAUGGUGGAGAUAAAAGAAAUAAUGGGUUUGGGGAUUGGUGGAGUUUGAUGACAAUCCAUGUCUUUUCUAUUAAACAAGUGAGGGCUAAAAUACUCGCUCAACCUCUGCCCUUCUCUUUAUAACAGCAGUGUAAAACCACUCAUUUCUGUUGUAAGGAACUUCAAAAUCUAGCGAUGAGAAGAGCUGCAGAAGGUCUGCAUGUUGGUCAUAAUGGUGCCCAUAUCAUCCAUAUCCUUUUGAAGGACUUUUUUUUUUUCCUUUUAAAAUCUGAAAGUAUUUGGCUACAUUAUUAUUGUUAUAGUGUCUCUAAAAGGUUGUUUGUUUGGUGACGUGGAGAAGUACUACUACAUACUGUAGAUUGCAGUGGAUCUUAAUGUAGGAUUUUUUUUUUCCUUUUACUAUUAGAACUGUGCCAUUUAACAAGUGAUUUUAUGGUGUUAUAACUUAAUGAGAGGUUGCUUUUGCCCAUGUGAGAAGUCCCACUGGCUUGGAUAAGCCAUUUCUGAGGGUAUCUAUAACCUAUGGGAAUAGAUACUGUAAAAAGGAAAGCAUUGAUGGAGGCAUUUCCCUUCCUGAUAUAUUAGGCAUGGUGAACAACCUGGCUUUUGUCCUAUUGCGAAGGAAGAUAAACCCAAGGAUAAUUCCAUUAGAGAUCACAUAACAGCACGGUAUAUUAGCAUGUAAAGUUACCUGGAUGAAAGUUGGACUGAGCUGAAAGCUUUCCUUUCUGCUUUAUGGUAGUCAAAGGCUGUAUUUCAAAAACUGCUAAUGAGAGUGAGGGACUCAGUCCAGCAUAUUUGAAAAUAGUAUUGUACUCAUCUGUAGGCUUUGUCUUACUCAAUUAAAAAUGACUCCUUGGUUUCUACUGGCCGUGCCUUUGGAAUGUUUCCCAAGAAGCAAGUCAUUAUAUUCUGACACCUCUCCCUCCCCUGCUCAUUAAGCUUUGGUUAUGGCACCCUCCCAGAUUUUAGUUCUCUUGUAGUUGAUUUCUUCCGUUUCCUUAGUCGUAUCUGUUGUUGUGACUUUCAGGAUACUCACUUAAGGUUUUGCACUUACACAGUGUUUCCAUUGCUUGAAGACAAGCUGAAGGUAUUUGGUCAGGGAGGAGGCAGCUGGGGGUGAGGCUGGCCUGCUGUCUCACAGCCUUGGGUGCUAAUUUGGCACCAGGCUCAUCUGCCUGUGGAAAGCUGAGUUGCUCUGGGCCAUAUUUAGCAGCAGAACUGCAGGAAUUAAGUGUCUUAAUCUACAAAUGAAGUUGUUCACCUUAUUUUAGUGCUUCCGAAGUGAGUCAGUAUAUCAGCUGAGAAUUUUCACAGGUUCACCUGGCCAAUAGAAACAUCUCACCUCUAUUUGAUCCUACUUUGGAUUCCUUAAUCUUUUUUUUUCUUUCUUUUGAUCUUUACUCUAGAUGGAGCUCUAUGUUUGAGAAGCAUCAUAUUCACAUGUGACAAAGCAAUGGAUUCCCAGUGACUGGAAUUUCUAGUGUGCAGAUCAACUACAGUAGACAAAAAGCUGACAGUCUUGCAAAUAGUCUUGAAAACACCUUUAUUAACUCAAUGGAUGGGGACUUGUGCAUUUUGCAUUUAUGGUGCUUUUUCCAGCUGCUCAGUUUGGAGGAGAUCAGUGAGUUAACUUUCAGCCCCCUACUUUGGGGUAUGAUAGCCCAGAGGCAAAUAGCUCAGCAGAAUUCAUCUUGCUGCACUUAUCAGCUCUGAGAUGAGCACGCAGCUCAGCUCAGAAGUGCCAAGGCUGGGGAGAAAUGGGAUCACGUACCAUUACUUGCGGUUGGGUUAAUACAGACCUUCAAUGUUAUGACAUAAUGCAUAAGGAGUUCCUUUAAAAAUGUGGUGGAGCCUUCCUUUCAGAGAAUGCCAGCCCUGCAAAACAAAAAGAUGUCUAUUUUGGUAAAGAUGGAGUAUUUCUCUAACGAUUCAAAGUGAAGAUAGAUUAAUUUGUUUCCACUUUCCAUUUUAUUUCUUCUUACUUUAAAUCCUCUUUUGUACCAACAGUUAAUAUUCGAAUAGUGAGCAAAACUCUUCCAAUAUAAGAGAAAUUUUCAAUACACCUAUUCUAAUGCUACUUUUCUAAGGUAAUGAAUCCAAAAUUCUUGGAACUCUCAUUCCAUGAACUCUUACAAAAUGUGCUCUUGGCCGUGAGAUCCCAACUCAGCAGAUGUGAGCUUUGUGGCCUCCUGAAUGGCAGCAACAAACCUCCCAGCUAUGCAGAAAAGGCACGAAACUGAUAAAGAAGAGCAACACAACCAGGAAUAAGAAUGUAUAAAGGAUUAUCUCCUCUUCCCAUGGGCUGAAUCUCACCUUUGCCCUGAAGGAAUCAGUAGGGUUGGAAGCAGAGUAUGCUUCUUGUCUCUGUUGGCUGACUCACACCAGCUGUUGGAUGGAAGCCAUUAGGAUGAGGCAAGCGAGUAUCAGAAACGGUUUCGUCUCUGCAAUUUGCAUAGCUUGUGCCUUCAUUAAUGCUAUCACUGUUUUCUGAGCAGUUCUUGAUAUCCCUUCCUUUUAGAUGUUGUCCCACCUUGCACACAGUGCAAUGAUACAUUUCUCACAGGUGGAGAAUCCUGUCUUUUCUUUUUUGUGGACUGUUUGACUGAUCAAUGGUUUAAGUUAAUGGUAAAGAUUGUUCCAGAGCACCUGGAGGUCAGUUAACCACAAAGGAAGCAGUCUUACUCAUUAUCACUUUGUCCUUUAAUCAAGGCUGAAACUUCGUUAAGCCCUACCAUUCAUUUUUAAAUUAGUGCUUUGUGUUUAAUUUUGUUCACCUGUGCAGGAGAAGGUAAUUCCACCUCCUGCAGGAGCCAGCUGCCUGCCUCUGCUUUGAUUGCUCUGUUGGUUUAUAGCAGUCAUAGAAUCAUAGAAUGGCCUGGGUUGAAAAGGACCAUAACGAUCACCUAGUUUCAACCCCCCUGCUAUGUGCAGGGUCACCAACCACUAGACAGUCCCUGUGGUCUUUCUGAUUCUGCUCAUCUGAAGAGUAUGACAUGGCCAUGGAGCUAUAUGGAUCACAGUAAUUGUGUUGUUGAUGGAUGGCUGGGUGCCUUAAGUGAUCUUCCUCAGAUCUUGAAGACCAACUAGUUUUUCCUUUUUUCUCUGGUUGCAUGUGUUGCUGCUAUCUGGUUACCUGGUGUUUGUCUGCUGCUGAGAUGAUGCUGCUGUAGAGGAAGAGUGAGGAGGCUGUUUCUGCCAGUCAACAACUGCAGGUGUUUAGAAACCGAAGUUUAACCCCUCUUGUGCCGUUUGCUUUUGUGCAUCUCCUGAGCUGAGACUCCAGCGUGAAGAAGGGAGAGAUGGAACAGGAGGAAAGGAUGGGUGUGGAUGUUGGAUGUGAAGGGAGAUGAAGGGAGACCGGUGGGCUGGGAACUGCUCGUGCGGCAGGAAAGAAGGACUUCAAUCUGUCAAAUGAAAAAGAUGCCCACGCCAGUGACAAUGAUGAGAACUCGGAUCGUGGCAACUGGUCGAACAAAGCUGACUACCUUCUCUCCAUGGUGGGCUACGCUGUGGGCCUGGGCAACGUCUGGCGUUUUCCAUAUCUCACCUACCAGAACGGCGGAGGUGCUUUCCUGAUCCCAUACACACUGAUGUUGGCAUUAGCUGGUUUACCUUUAUUUUUCAUGGAGUGUUCCCUUGGGCAGUUUGCCAGCCUAGGGCCCAUUUCCAUCUGGAGAAUAUUACCAUUGUUUCAAGGAGUGGGCGUCACGAUGGUCAUCAUCUCAACGUUUGUGGCAAUCUACUACAAUGUCAUCAUUGCUUAUGCACUCUACUACUUGUUUGCCUCAUUUCAAAAAGUGCUUCCGUGGUCAGAUUGCUUUUCCUGGGCAGAUGAGUUCUGCAGCAAAACACGCCUAGUAAAUGACUGCAGUGCAGUGUUAGAUGGACAAAUCAUUCAUGCAAACUACUCGUUCAUUGCAAGCAACAACCUCACGUGUCUCAAUGACACCAUCAACUAUAAACCAGUGCAAUUUCCCAGUGAACAGUACUGGAAUAAAGUGGCUCUUCAGCGCUCCAGUGGGCUGGAUGAGACUGGCAACAUCGUGUGGUACCUGGCCCUCUGCCUGCUCCUGUCCUGGAUGAUCGUUGGAGCUGCCUUGUUUAAAGGCAUAAAAUCUUCUGGAAAGGUUGUCUAUUUUACUGCCCUCUUCCCGUAUGUCAUCCUGCUCAUCUUGUUGGUGAGAGGAGCCACCCUGGAAGGUGCUCUGGAUGGCAUUGAAUAUUACAUUGGGAAACAGUCCAACAUCACCAAGUUGAUGGAGGCAGAGGUUUGGAAAGAUGCAGCCACUCAGAUAUUCUACUCCCUCUCUGUGGCAUGGGGUGGACUUGUUGCUUUGUCUUCAUACAACAAGUUCCACAACAACUGCUACUCGGAUGCUAUUUUUGUUUGUGUAACAAACUGCCUCACCAGCGUCUUCGCCGGGUUUGCCAUUUUCUCUGUCCUGGGACAUAUGGCAUUCGUGUUGAAGAGACCUGUCUCAGAGGUCGUGGACUCAGGAUUUGAUCUGGCAUUUGUAGCCUACCCCGAGGCUCUCUCCAAGUUACCAGUUUCCCCUCUUUGGUCCUUCUUAUUUUUCUUCAUGCUUUUGCUUUUGGGCCUUGAUUCCCAGUUUGCCACCAUAGAAACACUUACAACCACCAUACAAGAUAUAUAUCCCAAAAUGAUGAAAAAGUUGAGAAUCCCUAUAACCUUGGGUGUGUGUGUAUUGCUCUUCUUUCUUGGUCUUAUCUGUGUUACUCAGGCAGGAAUUUACUGGGUGAACUUAAUAGAUCACUUCUGUGCUGGAUGGGGAAUCCUUUUUGCUGCAGUGCUGGAGAUAAUAGGCAUCGUCUACAUUUACGGAGGAAACAGAUUUAUAGAAGACAUUGAAAUGAUGAUUGGGAAGAAGAGCUGUUUCUUUUGGAUGUGGUGGAGGAUGUGCUGGUUUUUCAUUACUCCUGUGCUGUUAGUGGCAAUAUUGGUCUGGUCAUUAGUGACGUUUUCAGCUCCCACUUAUGGCUCAGUGCUAUAUCCAACAUGGGGAACUGCUGUUGGCUGGUGCAUGAUCAUCUUCUGUGUCAUCUGGAUUCCCAUCGUGGCUGUUGUAAAAAUACUUAAAGCAGAAGGAAACCUUUUUCAGCGCAUUGCAAGCUGCUGCAGGCCCACAGCAAACUGGGGUCCCUACCUGGAAUGUCACAGAGGAGAAAGAUACAGCCAUGUUGUAACUCCCAAAAAGGAAAAGGAGCAUGAGAUUCCUACUGUGUCUGGCUUUACGUACUUCCGAGAAUGAGAUGGCUCUUUGGAUGAUCAACUUUUAACGUAGAUGUGUUUUUUCUUUACCUGUCACAAAGUGACAAUGCAAAACAACAAUCAACCUCCUGCCCUUCCAAGUUCAGCCUUCAGAUGCAAGCAAGCCCUAUUAUUUAUUAGUAUGCUUGGGGAAGAACAGAUCUCCCCAAUAACCAGGUCUGAGAGGGCAGGAAGAGGCUUUGCAGCCUCCCAAGGCUGCUGGACUGGGCAUGCUUUGUCCCAUCCCACCAGUAUCCAGCUGGACUGUGCCUACUGGUGUGGAGAAGAAUAAAAAUGCACUCUGAUGCUCCCCAGCUACAUGAAAUUUAAGCCAAAAGGUGCUGUACUUGCAUGCACAUCUGUGCUGUGGGCAGCACGCAGCUCUUCCUUCUGCUGUGCCCUCUGUGGUGCUGCAUGGGGCUGUGCUGCUGCCUGGCCAUGCAGCUCAGGGAACAUGAAGAAUUUUCCUUUAAACCUUGCUUAAAUGCUGUGAGGCUGCUCAGGAUCUGAUGUUCACUACGUGGUGUGUUCAUUUUUGUCUAUGCACCUGAAUACUGAGUGGCAAAAAACUGCCGUCACUGGAAAUAUUGCAGUGAGAAGGGGGCUGCUCUGUCAUGAUUUCUCCUGGAGCCCACCAAGUCACUUUUGUUGUGUUGUGCUCUGUGCCCAACAUUCUGCCAUCUGUAAUUCAAAAAUCCCAUAUCUCCAAUCGUAUGUCCUUGGGCUCUGCAGACCCAAAUGGCAACCUUUGAUUUCUGCUCUCCAUGCAGCCACCAGGGCUUGUUCUCUGCUGGGAUUUUCCUUGCAAGGGAGAGUAGAGUGCUUUCUAAAGGUUAUCAGUGUUAUCAGUCUUUGGGCUAGAGCCAAAAGAAGCAGAACCUCCAGUUGAAGGUUAGAAUUGACUUGUAAUACCAAUAGUCCAACAGGUGCUGAAAAUCAUGAGAAUACUGAGAAGUUGGGAAGUUUGAGAUGUAUUUGGGAGAGCAGACUUUUGCUUUUACCUUGGAACUGUGGGAUAGCUGGAGAGCUGACCUCACUCAUAAUAGGACUGAAUUUCCCCCUCCCCCCCCGCCCCCCCCCCCCCGGACAAAAAAGAACCCCAGACAAGACCUAUGGAAUGAGGGCAUGCAUUUUCUGUGCUGGGGCAUGUCUCUGUCACUGUGAUGAUGGUUCCUUGGGAACCAUGCAGCAGGGUUUCUCAUCCCUUCCUCUCAUGGCUUUGUCUCUGUUUCUGAACAUUGAAGGACUGGGGAUAGUGGCUCAUCCCCCAAGACGCACACCUUGCUGUAUGUUUUAUACUGAUGUUUUUGUGACAAAUCAACACUUGAUUGCAAAUAAAAUGUAAUUUUCUGUUUUUAA